CAAGAAAGGUCUUUUUGUAGAAUCCUCCUGCCACAUAAAACGAAGUUUUGCAUGUGAAACGCGCGCUAACGUAUCACUACUAGAAACAGAAAAACUAACCUUCGGUAAUGUUAAUUACCUUGUUGUCAUGAACAAGCUUAUUUGGGACGAGGCCUCGGAAAUAUGUAGGCACAACAAUGGACAACUCGCUCAACUGGAUCCGUCGGAGAAUCAGAGGCUGAAUGGCAUAGGAAAAGUGUACGAGAACCUGUGGCUGGGCGGACAAAUAAGGGACACCGAGUGGCUGUGGGACGAUGGUUCGAAGAUCCAGCAACCCGGAACGGCAGUGGCUGCGACGACGUCGGAACGACGGUGCGUGGGCGUAUCGCGCAUCGGGCCGCAGCAGCCAGUGAAGCUGGAGGCGUGGUCGUGUUCCGAGCCGCGCGGCUUUCUCUGCCGCUUGGGAGCCUAGGCCGCACGGCGCGCCCGAGGACAAAGCCACACAGCAACGUCAGCGCUCCAGACUGUACACCUGCCCUCUGAAGAAUCUGUCCAGGCGAUAUUAACCCAUUCCUCGGCUUAUUUCUUCUGCUUUCGAGCAAUGACGGGACCUUCCGCUGCCGACCAUUCCCGCGUCUCCUUCGUACACCUCAUUCUGGAGACUUCCGGAUUGGGUGACAUAGUGUCGCGUCGAUUAUAAUAACUUUGUUCCUGAGUCGUUAGAUGUGCAAGAAAUGUGAUAACCUUGAAAACUAGUUUUUUUUUC